CGGGUAUAAAAUGGUACCGUGGCAUUGUGGGAAGACAACAGACAAAACGAAAAUACGCUGACUGAGACAAAACACAAAAAAUAGCCUGUCAUUCUGCUUCCUCUUUAUUGAGCGUGUUAAUUAACUGGAAAAAUUGUUUAUGUUCUCAGCAAAAUCAAACAUCAAUGCAAAAUAUUUAGAUUUGCGAAUUUGAUUGCAGGAGGCUCGCGUGUGAAAGUUUGCAGUCGGUUCUCACCAAUACCUGGCAAUUUCACCAACCCGAAAGUACAAAUAUUGUUCACAAUGAGCAAAAGGAAAGAUCCAAAUCAAGAAAAUCCUAACAAAGAAUUCUGUGACUUUCUAAUGGAGUUAGCAAAUUAUGAAAAGAAUGUGAAUCGACAGAUGCAUAAGUACAAUGUCUACAGAAAAGCUGCUGGAGUCCUAGCCAAACACCCAAAGAGAAUAACAAGUGGAAAAGAAGCGAGGGGUUUGGAAGGGAUAGGUGAUAAGAUUGGAAAGAAAAUAGAUGAAUUCAUACAGACUGGAAAGUUACAGAAACUUGAAAAGAUCCGUGCAAAUGAUACCAAUGUUGCCAUUACGGAACUCACUAGAGUCACAGGAAUUGGACCAGCAGCAGCACAAAAACUGGUUCAAGAUGGCAUUACAAGCAUUGAAGAUCUCAGGAAACAUACAGAUAAAUUAAACCAUCACCAGCAGAUUGGUCUCAAGCAUUAUGAAGACUUUGAGAAAAGAAUUCCAAGAGAAGAAAUGAUACAACUUCAGGAUACAGCAUUUGCAGAGAUUCACAAAGUAGAUGCAGAGUACAAAGCAAAAGUUUGUGGCAGUUUCAGAAGAGGAGCAGAAUCCAGUGGGGAUAUUGAUAUCCUUCUUACACACCCUUCAUUUACAUCCACCUCAAAGAAAAUGCCUGAUUUGUUAAAAAGCAUUGUGACAAGAUUGGAAGAAACAAAGUUCAUAACAGACAGGCUCUCACUGGGAGACUCAAAGUUCAUGGGUGUGUGCAAAUUGUCUGACACAGAUGACAAGAAGCAUGCUUACAGACGUAUAGAUAUUCGACUGCUACCACAUGACCAGUAUUACUGUGCUCUUCUAUACUUCACUGGCAGUGAUUUGUUCAACAAGGAUAUGAGAGGAGUUGCUCUUGAGAAAGGAUUUACAUUAAAUGAAUAUACCAUCCGUCCUUUAGGCAGUACAGGUGUACCAGGGGAGCCACUUCCUGUAACAUCAGAGGAAGAUAUCUUUGACUACCUGGACAUGGCUUUCAAAAAACCAUCAGAAAGAAAUUCUUGAACUUGAGUGAUCAACAUGCAGGUUGUUAGAGAUAGAAACUAAAAACAGUCAACUAGAGAAAUGACUGUACUAGAUACAAACAAGUAGUGAUUAAGUACAUUUAGUGUAUGACUUCAGAAUUGUACAACUUUUGUGUAUGGCUUUUCAUUGAAAUAGCAGUUUGUACACAAAAUGACAUUUGAUAGAAUUAGGCUGGAAUUUUUAACUGAUAAAAAAGGAAACCUGUUGAAACUAGUUUGUAUGGAACUCGAAAUUUCAUAGUCAGAUAGAAAGGCUGUCUUUAACAGACUACUAUUAAAGACUACUCACCUGGUGAAAGUCUUGACACAUACUUUGAAAUCAUUGAUAUUCAUUUUCAUGUCAAUUCAUGAUUAUCUUUCCCUUGUAGUAGCUGUUUUGGUCCAAACCACAUAAAUCAUUUCACAGUAUGUUAUUCCAUGUGGUUGACAUAUAAGUUUUAUAAAUUUUACCAGUCACUAACUCUACUAGUGAAAUAGUUGAAAACUUUCAGCUGGCAAAUGUGUUACAAGGUACUCAUUUUGACAAGGGGCUCCAGUGUUUUAACACAUUAUAAAUUUUGAAUAUUUAAGAAAGGAAAAAAAUGUUUAUUUUUAGCUCAUCUGAUUUUUUGAAAAAAAAUGAUGAGUUAUUGUCAUCACUUGAGCGGUUGUCGGCGUCGGCGUCGGCGUCUGCGUCGGCGUUGCCUGGUUAAGUUUUAUGUUUAGGUCAGCUUUUCUCCUAAACUAUCAAAGCUAUUGCUUUGAAACUUGGAAUACUUGUUCACCAUCAUAAGCUGACCCUGUAUAGCAAGAAACAUAACUCCAUCUUGCUUUUUGCAAGAUUUAUGGCCCCUUUUGUACUUAGAAAAUAUCAGAUUUCUUGGUUAAGUUUUAUGUUUAGGUCAACUUUUCUCCCAAACUGUCAAAGCUAUUGCUUUGAAACUUGGAAUACUUAUUCACCAUCAUAAGCUGACCCUGUACAGCAAGAAACAUAACUCCAUCUUGCUUUUUGCAAGAUUUAUUGCCCCUUUUGGACUUAGAAAAUCAGUUUUCUUGGUUAAGUUUUAUGUUUAGGUCAGCUUUUAUCCUAAACUAUCAAAGCUAUUGCUUUAAAACUUGCAACACUUGUUCACCAUCAUAAGUUGACCCAGUACAGCAAGAAACAUAACUCCAUCCUGCUUUUUGCAAGAUUUAUGGCCCCUUUUGGACUUAGAAAAUAUCAGAUUUCUUGGUUAAGUUUUAUGUUUAGGUCAACUUUUUCUCUUAAACUAUCAAAGCUAUUGCUUUGAAACUUGCAACACUUGUUCACCAUCAUAAGCUGACCCUGUGCAGCAAGCAGCGUAACUCCAUCCUGAUUUUUGCAAUAAUUAUUGCCCCUUUUGGACUUAGAAAAUCAUUUUCUUGGUUGAGUAUUAUGUUUAAGUCAACUUUUCUCAUAAACUAUCAAAGCUAUUGCUUUAAAACUUGCAACAGUUUUUCACCAUCAUAAGUGGACACUGUACAUCAAGAAACAUAACUCUAUCCUGCUUUUUGCAAGAAUGAUGGCCCUUUUUAGACUUAGAAAAUCAUGGGCAGGACAAUAUUUCUAUUACACAAAAAAAAUCAGAUGAGCGUCAGCACCCGCAAGGCGGUGCUCUUGUUGUAUAAGUUAACAUAGGUGCAGUAAUAUCAAGAGUGGCCCUUUUUGUGUUAUUGCACACAGGAUUUUGACCUCAUUCACAAGAGAUAUUAACAAAAUUGUGAUAUUCAAUUUUUCUUUUCAAAAGUCACCCCAAAAGUUCAAAAAGACUUAUUAUAGCUAAAAUUUAUUUUCCUGACAGUAAAGAUCAAAAUUGAAUUGACAAUACUUUGUAUUUUUUAUAUUGAAAGGCAAAUUUAAAAUGCAGCAGGUCUUUUUGGUGUUGAAAAGAUCAAUAUCUUGACAUUUAUACUCAAGAAAAGAAAAGCUUACUUCUGUAGCAAGCAACUGAAAAGUAAAUAUAAGGACUGAAUGUUAAUUAUUGUUCAUUUAGGCAGAUACAGACCACAUUUGGACUUCUUGCUAGCAAGAUUCAUAGAUUUAGAUGAAGUCCCACUGUGAUUUAUACCCAUGUAAAUGCAGAAAAAGCAACAACAUUCAAUCUAUAUUAUUAGUUAUAGAAUAUGUAAGUCUGCUUUUCUUCUUACUCUGGAUUUGAGCAACCUAUAAAUCGGCAAUUACGAAACAUGACUGGCUGACAGUUUUGCCUGUUACGGGAGUGAUGCUUUUAUAUUUUUCUUUUCUUUUUUAUUCAUUUUGGAAAAAAAUCACUAUUUUGUA